AUGUUUUUCUUUGCACAAGUCUUGCAAGCCUCGUGGGUUUUGUCCAUAUCAGCUGGAGGACAUGAUCAUAGGGAUGAACUCGCCUUACUUGCUUUCAAGGAAGGAAUAGAGGAGGAUCCCCUUAAUAUGCUAACUUCUUGGAAUGAAUCUCAUGAUGAUUUUUGUAAGUGGCAAGGCGUCACUUGUGGCCGCCGGCACCGGAGAGUUACCGCAUUGGACCUCUCAUCGUGCCAACUCAAGGGUCAGCUUUCUUCUCACGUCGGGAAUUUGAGUUUUCUUACAAGACUAGAGCUCCAAAACAAUAGCUUUAGCCACAUUAUUCCCCCGCAAAUUUCCAAACUAUUCCGGCUAAAAAUCUUGUCCCUUGGAAACAACUCCUUUAGCGGAAAGAUUCCAACCAACAUUUCUUGUUUUUCCAAUCUCCAAUAUUUAGACUUAUCUUUCAACAACCUCACUGGUAAAAUUCCCCCAGACAUGGGCUUGUUAUUCAAGCUUCGUGUACUUGUUUUGAGAAACAAUAAUUUACUUGGGGAAAUACCAACUUGUCUCGGAAAUCUUUCUGCUCUCAUGAGGAUCCAACUAGGACAUAAUAGCUUCCAUGGCAAAAUUCCACACAGCUUUGGCCAAUUGAAAAGUUUAGUGCUUCUUGCGGUUGGUCCAAACAACCUAACAGGCGACAUCCCUCUCUCGAUUUACAAUCUCUCUUCGCUCGAAUCUUUCGGUGUUCAUGGAAACCAACUUGAAGGAACUCUUCCUCCUGACUUUGGCAAUGCUCUUCCAAACCUCAAACAGGUUUUAUUCCAUACAAACCACUUCAGCGGACCGAUUCCUGUAACAAUCUCCAAUUGCUCAAAACUUACAAGGUUUGAUAUGUCAGCUAAUUCUUUUACUGGACAAGUACCGAGCCUCACAACCCUAUCUCAAUUGCAAGAAUUUGGAAUUGGUGAGAAUGAACUGGGCCAUGGUAAGAGUGGUGACCUCGAGUUUCUCUCUUCACUUGCCAACUGCACAAAUCUACUACGUCUUGGCAUUAACACAAACAAUUUUGGAGGACAAUUGCCUGAAUCUAUAAGCAAUUUGUCAACAAAGCUCACGUUGAUGACAUUCGGAGAUAAUCAAAUAAGCGGAAGAAUUCCAAAGGGCAUUUCAAAUCUUGUUAGCUUAGAGUUAUUAGGUUUGGAACAAAACCUAUUGACUGGGGUUAUUCCGAGCUCAAUAGGUAAACUACAAAACCUGUAUUGGCUUACCUUAGGAUGGAACAGAAUAUCUGGUCCUAUUCCUUCUUCCCUAGGAAACUCAACAUCACUAGGGUUGUUAUACUUGUUAUUUAACGACAUAGAAGGAAGCAUACCGUCAAGUAUUGGGCAGUGUACGCAGUUGAUUGAACUUCAUCUCAUGGAAAACAAUCUAAGCGGUCCCAUACCGAAAGAGCUAUUUGGUUUAUCAUCUUUAACCUUAAUAGUUUUAUCUAAAAACCAUUUUACCGGUUCUAUCCCCAUGGAAGUCGGAAAAUUGGUACACGUUUUUGUUUUAGAUAUUUCGGAAAGCAAGUUAGUUGGUGAAAUUCCUGAAACUCUCGGUGGAUGCACAGUCUUGCAGUAUUUGUAUUUGCAGGGAAACUCAUUGCAAGGGACCAUUCCCCAUUCCUUUAGUUAUUUGAGAGGGCUGGAUGAAAUCGACCUUUCUCACAACAACUUGUCUGGAAAAAUUCCAACAUAUUUUGGAGGCUUUCGAUUCUUAAAGAAAUUGAAUUUAUCGUUUAAUAAUCUAGAAGGCCAGGUACCUGUCGAGGGAUCAAUAUUCAAAAAUUUAAGUGGUUUUUCCGUUGUGGGAAAUUAUAGGCUUUGUGGAGGUGUCCUUGAAUUGCACUUACCGAGAUGCCCCGCAGAUGGACCUAAGAAGCAUAAGCGAUCACCUCCACAAAAGUUAAUCAUCUCCACUAUUGCUUGCGGACUUGGAUUGAUUUUUCUGAUGUUCACACUACUAUCUCUGUAUUUAUCAAGGAAACGGAAAACUAUGUCAACAUCAGCACAAUCAAAUACAAUGUCAUUCUUACAGCUAUCUUAUGGUGAUCUUGUCAAAGCGACCAAUGAUUUUUCUCCAGCAAACUUAAUUGGUGCUGGGAGUUUUGGAUCUGUGUACAAGGGAAUUCUAAAUCCAGAUGAAACAGUUGUUGCCGUGAAAGUACUAAACCUACAAACUUCAAGAGCAUCAAAAAGCUUUAUAGCUGAAUGUAAAGCUUUAAGGAACAUCAGACAUCGGAAUCUUGUCAAAGUUUUAACCGCGUGUUCAAGUACUGACUUUCAAGGAAAUGAUUUUAAAGCUCUGGUAUAUGAAUACAUGGUCAAUGGAAGUCUAGAAGAAUGGUUGCAUGAUGAGGAGAGACAUCUAAGCCUUAUUCAAAGAGUAAAUGUUGCCAUUGAUGCGGCCAGUGCUUUGGAUUAUCUACAUAAUUUUUGCGACACGGCAAUUGUUCAUUGUGACUUGAAACCGAGUAAUGUACUCUUGGACAAGGACCUUACUGCUCAUGUCGGAGAUUUUGGAUUGGUGAGGUUUAUCUCUGAUCUUUCACGCCCAUUUUCUUCAAAUCACAGCAGCUCCGUAGAUGUACGAGGUUCCAUUGGAUACGCAGCCCCAGAGUAUGGCAUAGGAAGUGAAGUGUCGACAAGUGGCGAUGUAUAUAGCUAUGGAAUUCUUUUGUUGGAGAUGUUUACAGGCAAGAGACCUACUGAUGGAAUGUUUAAAGAAGAUUUGAACUUGCAUAACUUUGCUUUGAUGGCUUUGCCUGAACAUCUGGAAGAAAUAUUGGAUCCAAGGCUCUUAGAAACAGAAGAUGAGAGGAGCAAAAACAGUCUUUCCUAUAACAAUCAAAUUCAAAAUCAAAUGAUUCGCAAAUGCUUGAUAUCCGUUAUUGAGGUAGGAGUUGCAUGUUCUGCAGAAUUACCGGGAGACAGAAUGAGCAUUGAUAAUGCUGUUUCAGAACUAUCUCACAUAAGGGGUAUGCUUUUGAAAAUCAGGAUGCAAACAAACGAUCAUAUCAUCAACACAAUUUAAGCGGACUUGGCUACGAGGAAAAUGAUUGGCUUGGGUAAACAACGCGGUGGUCUUUAUUACAUGUCUCUGUUACAAAUGACACCUAUUUCUCACACUCCAGAUCUAUGGCAUAUGCGUCUUGGACAUCCAUCACCAUCCCGUCUUAAAUUGGUUUCUUUAUUGCUAUCUUCUAAUAAUACCUCAUAUGAUUAUAAUUGUACUGUUUGUCCCAUGGCUAAACAAACACGACUUCUAUUUCCUUUAAGUUUCGUAUGCUCCAUUUAAUUUGUUAUAUUGUGAUAUUGGCGGUCCACAUAAAGCUCCCACACA